AUGCCGUCUAGACAGUCCUGUAUUCCGAAUUUAGAUCUCAGCCCUUCCACUCUCCAAAUAAGCGCAAAGACUACGUCCCCACAUACACCUGGUGCAAGCUCAGAUGGACCCAGUCCCCUGACGCCGCGAUCACCCAAAUCUUCCUCAAGUUCAACGUUCUUCAAGGGCACCACAAUCCGCUCUGUCACACAAGAAUCGAAUAGCAAAGCAAAUAGCCCAAUCCUACCAGUCUCCCCCGGCCUCACCGCAGAAUCACCUACUCAAGGCGUCACGGCCAUUCCUCAGUACCCUCCCUCGCCACGAGAUUCCCCCAAGCAUAGUCGUGACCCUUCGCGUUCGUUCUUUGCGAAUUUAAAGGCGCCAAAGGUUUCUCACAGGGCUCAGAGGUCGGACAGUUCGGGAAAUUCGGGCGACAAGCCUAGAAGCCGUGGCAGUUCUAGAGAUCGCAGAACACAAAUAUCAUCAAAGCUGUACGAGUCAACUCCGGACCUUCCCGGUGCCAUUGAACGUGCGGCGCAACAAGAGAACAACAGUCCUUCUUCCGACGACAGACACACGCAACAAGCGGAAAUCAAACGAGUUGGGACGGAGUCUGAGUCUGGUCAUACUCUAAAAAAGAGCAAACCGCGCUUUGCCAAUCUCCUUUCUCGCUCUCGAUCAAUCAGAUUGGACGACUCCUCCGUGAACAGGAUUGCACAUAGGCGUCCGUCAACCAGCCUUAUGAGACUUGAAGAAAGCGCCAAGAGGGAGGCGCAAACACCCCCGAAAGCAGCAGAAGUCAAGCCCACAGGGAACCCUCACGUCCGCAGUCAUACAAUCGACCGUCUUACGGACGUCAACAGCGGCUCGAUACGGAAGGAUAGAUAUGGCGGGUCGAUGGUACCUUCCGCUUCCCUGAGUCAAGUAUCAGGCGCCUCGGCAGCGCUGUUCAAUAAUAUCAAGCAGUCCUCGAGUGGUGCUGCGGAUCGAAUUGGCAAGGCAGGCAAGGGAUUUUUUGGGAAGAUCACCCGGAGUGGCAGUACUAAUGAGCGGGAACUCAUUAAUGAUGACAACUAUGUCUGCUCCGUGAUCAAUUUGCCGCUUAUUGAACAAGCCCGUCGAACUCGUAUCGCGAAGCGGCUUGAGGAUUGUAAGGACAAGACUGAGUUUUGGAUGCCAGCUUUGCCGUAUCGUUGCAUUGAGUAA